UCGGGCCGCAGCGGCGGGGAAGGAGGGGUUCUUCAGGUGCCUGCGACCUCGGUGCCUCCUGCCCGGAAGUGCCCGAGGGGCCGAGAUGGAGCUGGAGAAGCUGGGCGCUCGGUAGUGCCAAGGGCAAGGCAGGCGCCAUGACCCUAAUUGAAGGGGUGGGUGAUGAGGUGACCAUCCUUUUCUCGGUGCUUGCCUGCCUUCUGGUGCUGGCCCUCGCCUGGGUCUCAACACACACUGCUGAGGGCACGGACCCACUGCCCCAUCCGUCAGGGACCCCAGCGGCAGCACAGCCCAGCGAAGCCAUGGCAGCCACUGACAGCAUCAGAGGGGAGGCCCCAGGGGCCGAGAGCCACAGCCUGAGACACAGAGGUCAAGCUGCACAGCCAGAGCCCAGCACGGGGCUCACAGCAACACCAUCAGCUCCAGACUCCCCACAGGAACCCCUAGUGCUACGGCUAAAAUUCCUCAAUGAUUCAGAGCAAGUGGCCAGGGCCUGGCCCCAUGACACCAUCGGCUCCUUGAAAAGGACCCAGUUUCCAGGCCGGGAACAGCAGGUGCGGCUCAUCUACCAAGGGCAGCUGCUAGGAGACGACACCCAGACCCUAGGCAGCCUUCACCUUCCUCCCAACUGCGUUCUCCACUGCCACGUGUCCACGAGAGUCGGUCCCCCACAUCCCCCCUGCCCCCCGGGGUCGGAGCCCGGCCCCUCCGGGCUAGAAAUAGGCAGCCUGCUGCUGCCCCUGCUGCUCCUGCUCCUGCUGCUGCUCUGGUACUGCCAGAUCCAGUACCGGCCCUUCUUUCCCCUGACCGCCACUCUGGGCCUGGCCGGCUUCACCCUGCUCCUCAGUCUCCUGGCCUUCGCCAUGUACCGCCCAUAGUGCCUCCGCGGGCACUUGGCAGUGUUGCUGGCCCCUCUGGACCUUGCUUCCCGCGUGACGGUGGGAGCUGCUGUCUGCCCAGGCCUGCCUCUCGGGCUUGCCUCUUUCCAUUACCCUGGAGCCCAGUCCUGCGUCGCAGAGGACUCCGGGGCCUGACGGAGGCCCCUCCCUGCGACCUCCAUAGCUCUGGGCCACCUCCUGGGGCUAGUGGUCCUCAGCCUUCGGGAUCAGGCACUUGUUGUCGCUGCCUUGGCCCUGGACAGAGCCGGGCCACGCCCCUAGGCCCGUCUUAGUGUCCUGCCUGAGGACCCAUCCACCUCACCUCUGGUCCCUGACGGCUCCUUGGGCUGGUUGGGGGCCUAAGGACUACGGGAGGCUGGGGAAGGGGAGCUGGGAAGGGGAGCUGGGAGGGGCAGGGGAGUUCUCUGGAACCUGUGCCGAUUAAAAUAACUGUGAAGUUUUCA